AUUUAGAAAUAGUACUGUCGAAGAUUUGGCGGGACGUAAGGACCAAAUACCGCUUAGCCACAGUGACCGAUUGUAUUCCAUAUUAUUCAACAUUUGCGACCAUUUAUUACAAGUGUUGAACCGAUCUGUACCAAAAAGUCUGCUUUUCGGAAUGGUCAUUGCGAUUAAUGUGGAAUUUUAUGAGCAAAUCUCACAUCUUGAUUUUUCGUGCUAGUUUUUUACCAACAUAUAUCACCUAUCCAUUGAUGUAUGCUGUGUCUCCGAAACACGCAUACAGGAUUCCAGUGUGGUCAUUCACUUGACCUCACCUUGGCAACACGGAGAGCCAACGAGAUACUCCCUUCGUGUGUCUGGUGACCCGAUGGCAAGUUCUCGUGGACUGGCAGGUGUAGGCAUAGCACUAAGCAUGAGGGCCGAACAAGCACUGCUAGAGUGGAUCCCCGUCAACAGUCGUCUAUGUGCUGUUCGGCUGAACGGCUACGUAAGAACUCGGAAGGAUAGGGACACACGUCGUUGCCUUUUUGUCGUUUCUGCCUACGCUCCCAGCAGAUGCCAGCAAGAUUUCUAAGGCAUCUGUGGUCAAAUACUAGUAGCUUACGGGUGUCUUCUGCUCUUAAGGGCCAUGUUUCGCUGCCGUAAAGUAAAACAGAACGAACAGCCGCGCAGUAUACUCGUCCUUUUAUUGAUAGACGGAUAUCUCGCCUCCGCCAAAGGUGACAUAAGUUGGCAAAAGCCAAACGAGCUUUACGAAUCCGUGCUGAGAUUUCGUCAGACACCAACCCAUUAGGGCUGAUCAGACUUCCAAGAUAAGUGAAGUUGUCAACUCGUUCGACUACUUCACUCCCUACUAUCCUUAGUUCAGGUGUUGACGCAGACCAGUCCUGAAGCAACAACUUGCAUUGAGAGGGAGAGAAGCGCAUCCCAAACAUUCUGGCAUUGUUGCUUGGUGCUACCAGAAGACUCUGCAUUUUGUCAGCGUCUUCACCAAACAGGACUAUGUCAUCUGCAUAUUCUAAGUCGAUAAGUGGACCUCCUGGUAGGAGAUCAAUACCCGAGAAUUCAGUCGACGAGAGUGUUAUUUCCAUCAGUAGAUCUAUGAUGAAGUUAAACAAAAAUGGAGAAAGUGUACAGGCUUGACGGACACCACUUGAGGUUACAAAAGUAGAUGACAGUUCGCCAUAAGCUCUGACUCGACUAGUAGUGUUCGAGUAAAGAGCCUUCACAAGGUUUAUGUACUUCUGUGGUACGCCUUCCAAUGACAGACACUGCCACUGAAUCUCGCGGUCUACCGAGUCAAAUGCUGCUUUUAAGUCGAGAAAGACAACCAUUGUCGGACGUCGAUAAGUAUGCCUGUGUUCUAGAAUCUGACGAAUGGUGAAUAUGUGGUCGAUGCAGCCACGACCAGGUCUGAAGCCAGCUUGAGUCUCUCGUAUUUGCAGUUCACGAGUCUUAGUUAGGCGUCUGAUAAUUAUUGAUGCUAGUAUUUUAGAUAUUAUAUUAGUUAAACUAAUCCCUCUGUGGUUGUCACAGGAUGAUUUUGACCCUUUCUUAUAUAUUGGGACGAUAAGUGAUUGCGACCAGUCAGAUGGGAUAACGUCUAAUUGCUGGCAUCUGCUGGGAUCACCGGGUAAGUAAUAGUGAGGUUAGACGCAGGGUAUUAGGGAAUGAUGGUAAAUCAGUUGAUGAGGUUAUGAAUCUUCAUCGACUGAGAUGGUUGGGCCACGUAUUACGUAUGCCUGAACACCGAUUACCGCGACGUGCAAUGCUAACCGGUGUUGGAGAUGGUUGGAAGUUAGGGGCGGCCAAACCAAAACGUGGCAUCAGUGCCUGAAGUCACUAACUACUAGUCUGAGCCAUGUUGGUAGAUGCAGACUACUUGGUUGGGGUCCGCGUGACUUUCGUAACCAAUGGUUGGAGACCCUUGGUGACGUGGCUCAGAAUCGAUCACAAUGGCGUCGGUGUAUACACUCUCUGUCUUCUCUUAAACUAAGAGAUUAAGAUCACUUCACAUCUUUCUUUCUGCGAACUAAUUCUUUCUUCCUAUACCAUAUCCUUAUUGCAAUCUUUCUCCUAUAUAUUACCACCUUUGACCUAACCACUCCUAUGAAUCCGGUGUUCAUCUUGCUGUGCUAAUGAGGUAUGGCAACCUGGGCCGUUGCAUACAUGUGCCUGGUCCUACGUUGUAGCUGACUGACUGAGGAAUGCGUAGUGUUCAUCAUAACCACCUCCAUUGAAGGUUUUUAACCUCAUAAAUGUAAUUUCACGUUUCGCCUGGUGCUGUGCAUAUAUUAGCUAAAGAUUAACCACUCAUUUAUUGUAGUGUGAGCAAUACUUAAGAGAUACUUAUGAUGAAAUACUCUCAGCCUACGCAUAUCUUCUACUUUUAUAGCCCAUUAAGACAACCGUGCAGUAAUAUAGUUGAGACUGCUGUACUGUACGCUUCCCUAUUUGCUGGCAUAUGAAGGUGUUACCUACGAUAAAUGAAAAAGAUGAGCGGGAGGUGGUUACUUACCAGAUGCCUUUAUUCGGCCUUAUAAGUUAAAUUAUUGGUGGUAUUUUUUAGUCUCAGAAGUUUUGAAUGGUUGAGUGAUAAUACUAAACUACAUCAUUUACAGUGUAACAGUAAUGUCUGCCAGCAUUAAAAUAGUCUGAGGAUGUUUCCUGAUUCUGGUAUAUUGUUUUAUUUGUGCAAUAAAUCUCAAUAAGUAGUAGAUAUACGGGAAGUAGAUUAGAAAAGUAUAAAGAGCUAAGUCAAUUAUUAGUCAUAUGAAAUCAAAGUAGUAAUUUUUCAUCAAGAAAUUUACAAGUUCGAAAGGGCCAAACAUACUCAAAUUCUACAUAACCACAUAUAUUUUACUUCCUCAGGUCUACAUGUUUAAACUGUGACCCUACUAUCAUAAAGAAUAACCUUUGAAGACAGUAAUAUUCUGCUGCGGAAAAUGUAUACAUAACAACCUUACCCUCAUUUGAUGUAUUGUGACUUCAGUUAUAUGUAACCUGUUUGUGAAUUGCUAGACAUAUUCUUUUGUAAUCGAGUCGGAGAGAAAAUCGAUUGCAGUAUGGUAACCGUGAGGCCAUUUACUUGCUUAGACUUGUUGAAGUUUGGGAAUAUUAAUCUGGAUAUGUAUACGGAAACUUAUAGUAUCGGAUUUUAUCUGCAUUAUUUGGCAAAAUGGCCAGAGUAUAUGCGAGUCCUAGAAUCACCCACACUAACCUGUUUUGAAAGAAAUUCGACAUGUCUUUCGGAUAUUCCACACACAGAUGAUUCACAAAACCCAUCUCCCAAGGUAUUAUCAAUACCGUCUACGUGUCAACGACUUAUGGGCUAUAUGAUGGCGAAGUCAGAAGGUCAUGGAGUGGACUGGCAUGGUCAUGUCACAGCGCUGUCGGUGGCUCCUGAGUAUCGUCGUUUGAGAUUAGCUACUCAACUAAUGCUAGAGUUAGAAGAAACUUCCGAACGGAAACGAUGUUACUUUGUUGAUCUAUUCGUACGUGCAUCUAACAAACUGGGCAUAGAUAUUUAUAGUAAAUUGGGAUAUAUUAUAUACCGCAGAGUCUUAAAUUACUACUGGGGUUCCGUUGAAGAUGAAGAUGCUUUCGAUAUGAGAAAAGCACUUUCAGCGGAUGUGCUUAAACGAUCUGUCAUACCAAUGACGAGGCCGAUACGUCCAGAAGAAUUAGAACAUCCAUGAACAUACA